CGAGGAGCCCGCGGGCGGCCGGUCGGGCGGGGCGGGGGGCGCUGACAGCAUCCUGAGGUUGGCAUUAAACUUAUCCCAGUGGAGCCCAUGACUUCUGAUCAGGACACUAAAGUUGUGGCUGAACCGCAGGCGCAGCGAGUCCAGGAGGGCAAGGACAGCUCUCAUCUGAUGAAUGGUCCUAUAUCUCAAAGCACUUCUCAAACAAGUUCCAUCCCAGCUUUGAGUCAGGUACCAACAACUAAGGUUUCAGAGCUAAACCCGAAUGCGAAAGUAUGGGGGACUCAUAUGUUACAUUUGGAGGCAAGUAGUGCUGCUGUUGGUGUGAGCGCUGCGUGGGAGGAGGUGCCCAGCCAUCGAGACUGUGGCCAGCAGGGAUUGGAUGCCAGUGGUGAUGGUGACAAAAGUCAAGAGAAUGCAGCAUUACCGGACUUACAGGAGUCAGACCAGACAGACAUGAACACUUUGGCUCUGGAUCACUCAGAAUAUGAAUCUCUGCCUGAAAAUAGCGAAACAGGAGGAAAUGAGUCUCAACCAGAAAGCCAGGAAGACCCCCGGGAAGUACUUAAAAAAACAUUGGAAUUCUGCUUAUCUAGGGAGAAUCUUGCUAGUGACAUGUAUCUCAUAUCGCAGAUGGAUAGUGAUCAAUAUGUGCCAAUUACAACGGUAGCUAACCUUGACCAUAUCAAAAAACUCAGUACUGAUGUGGAUUUAAUUGUUGAAGUGCUAAGAUCUUUACCUUUAGUUCAAGUGGAUGAGAAGGGAGAAAAAGUAAGGCCAAAUCAAAAUCGUUGCAUAGUAAUCCUGCGUGAAAUCUCUGAAUCUACCCCUGUGGAAGAAGUAGAAGCACUAUUUAAAGGAGAUAACUUACCGAAAUUUAUAAACUGUGAAUUUGCCUAUAAUGAUAAUUGGUUUAUUACAUUUGAAACAGAAGCUGAUGCACAGCAGGCCUACAAAUACCUGCGAGAAGAAGUAAAAACUUUUCAAGGAAAGCCAAUUAAGGCACGGAUAAAAGCAAAGGCAAUAGCUAUAAACACGUUUUUGCCAAAGAAUGGAUUUAGACCUCUGGACAUGAACCUUUAUACACAGCAGCGUUAUACAACAUCAUUUUAUUUACCUCCAGUAUACAGUCCCCAGCAGCAAUUUCCUCUGUACAGCCUGAUUACCCCCCAGACAUGGUCAACAACACAUAGCUAUCUUGAUCCACCCUUGGUAACUCCAUUUCCAAAUACUGGAUUUAUAAAUGGGUUUACGUCUCCAACCUUCAAACCUGCAGCAUCUCCUCUGACUUCACUUAGACAGUAUCCUCCUAGAAGCAGGAAUCCUAGUAAAUCUCAUCUGCGCCAUGCAAUUCCUAGUGCAGAGAGAGGACCUGGACUACUGGAAAGUCCAUCAAUAUUUAACUUCACCGCAGAUCGGUUAAUUAAUGGUGUUCGGAGCCCACAGACAAGGCAAACAGGGCAAACUAGAACGCGAAUACAAAAUCCUUCAGCUUAUGCCAAGAGAGAGAUUGGAACUGGGCGUGUGGAGCCAAGUAGUCUUGAAUCCUCUCCUGGUUUAGGGAGAGGAAGGAAAAAUUCCUUCGGCUAUCGGAAGAAAAGAGAGGAGAAGUUUACAAGCAGCCAGACUCAGUCUCCAACACCACCAAAGCCUCCAUCACCAAGCUUUGAACUGGGACUGUCCAACUUUCCUCCAUUACCUGGAGCUGCUGGCAAUUUGAAGACAGAGGACUUGUUUGAAAACAGGCUAUCUAGCUUGAUCAUAGGACCAUCAAAAGAAAGAAGCCUCAAUGCAGAUGCAAGUACAAACACUAUACCUGCAGUGGUCCCUAGAGAGCCCUCAGUGCCGGCUUCCUGUGCUGUAUCAGCAACAUAUGAACGAACCCCUUCCCCAGCCCAUUUACCCGAGGAUCCCAAGGUGGUAGAAAAGCAGAGAGAAACCCACAGCAUGGACAGACUCUCUUCUACCCUUACUACAACCGCAUGUAAAUCAGUGCAAGUGAACGGAGCUGCCACUGAAUUGCGAAAACCCAGUUAUGCAGAGAUUUGUCAGAGAACGAGUAAAGAGCCUCCUUCCUCCCCAUUACAACCCCAAAAAGAACAAAAGCCAAACACUGUUGGUUGUGGGAAGGAGGAAAAGAAGCUCACUGAGCCCAUGGAGAGAUACAGGGAGCCUUCUGCCCCCAAGUCCACUCCUGGAGCCCCCAAAGACCAGAGGAGGCAGCCGGGGCGCCGACCCUCACCCCCAGCUGUCGGGAAGCGUCUCAACAGAGAACAGAACACUCCCCCGAAGUCUCCUCAGUGAAAACUGUAUGCCUGGGAGGGGUCGCAAAGAGCUGUAUUAACCACAAACAAAACUCUUCCCACUCAGUACAAGAAUGAGUCGCUGGUUAGGAGUUUGCAGUGUCUGUGAGGCCCAUGGGAUGCCUGCAAGUUAUUUUUCUUCUGUGAGUCGGAUUCUCCCACUCUUGAAAAAAAAUCUAUUUUUCAGGAUUUAAUUAAUAUAAACCUUAUUUUAGGUUGGUGCUUAACUGGAGGUGAUGCAUAAGUCUGAUUUUUUUCAGGAUAGAAAAAUGCAUUUAUCCUAACAAAUUGAUAUUUUUUAUUAUGCCUCCACGUGGCUCUGAACGUAAGCUAUAUAUAGUGAGUUUUUCUAAAUUAAGGGAACUAUGCUACUUUGUGGGUUUUUUUUUUUUUUUUUUUUUUUUUUUUUAAUAACUGGUCUGCAAGUGCAUAUCUUUAGUGUCCCAGCAGAUGGAUGAGGGCUGAUAGCGCUGACAGAGGCAGCCCCCGCCUCACAGAGGAAGGGGCUGUCAGUGUCAGGGCGCCAACAUACUGGCAUGGAGCUGUGUUUUCAUCUAGACCAUUAACAGGUGAUUCUAGCUUUUUGAUUUAAAAAAAAAAAAAAAAAAGUCCUUUUUUUGAUCUAGUGGGCAGAAUGAACCUGCAGAGAGCACCCUAGAAAGAUUUGACACCUUAGAAUUUUGAAGUACUGCAAGCAAGUAACCAGCUUCUCACUCCAGUUUCAAGUGGCUAUUAUGUAAAAUAAAUUCAAAGCACAUUGUGAAUAGAACCUAAAUGAAAAUAUAAACUUUGUUGCCCACUGACACAUUACCACAAGUUGUACCAUGAUGUUGUUUUGAUCCCUGUGAGCUGGCUGCCUGGCUCCUGGCCUUGUGCCUGCUCUGUGCACAUUUCUGUCCAUGUCCCCCUAAGCACUCUCAUUGAAGAGUCCACAUCUUUAGUCAGCUCCAUGUGGAUGUCUUCCUGUACCUCUGCAUCGGCACAUGGAUUUAAAAGUAUGUAACCGUGAAAGAAUGGUGUUUGUGGUUUUUCCCCCUCUUCGGCUGGUGGAGGACAGAAAUUCCUGCUCUUUUUACCUCCAAGAUGAGGGUCUCAUUGAUUCACUUCUAGAAGUGUUGCACUUCUGAUGAACAAGGAUGCACUAAAGUUAGCAAGUUUAUAAUAAAGUUAAAUAUAAAUUAUUUUGUUUUAAAAUGCCUAAAAUUUUUCUUUAAGUAUUCUAAGCCGCAGACAUUAAAAUAUUUCCUGCUAAAUGUAACCAUACAGUUUAUUCCACAAAAUGUUAUUUAACAAGACUGAGGGUUUUUUUAAAAAAAAAAAAAAAAUUAUUUCCAUCCAAUAUUUAAAGACUUGAAUUUUAUUUAAACUUGAAAAUGACUUUGCCUUAACUUUUGUAUAAGACAGCUUAGAGCUCAUGGAGACCGGCCCCUGGGUUGGCAGGAGUGGAUCAGAGUUACUCAGUUACCGGUGUGGAUCUCUUGUCGUUAGCUUUGCUGAGUAAGCAUACUGUAGUACAAGAACUAGUGGUAGUUUUUGUAAUAUACCUUAAAGAUCUUCAACAGUUGAUCUUUUUUCAGAUUGUUGAAAAAUCCUGUAAAUGCAAAUAGUCGAUACUGUAUUAAAUAUGUGCACUUGGGAGUGUGCUUUGCUUGUACAGUUGUAAAUAAUCAGAACAUAUUAAAAAGGUACCCUACAGAGAAAAAUCUGAUAAAAAUUAUUGAUAUAUUAUAAAUGUUGCUGUUGAGCUGGAUGUAGAUAAACUAAAUGUUGUGGUUUGAACAUUAUUUUAAUUUGUUGAGGUUUUUUUCCCCCCCUCUUAUAUUGGUGUGUUGAACUGAUUCUGCCUCUUUGCUGCAAAAGGGAAGUGGAAAGUCUUAUUAAAAGCCUUCAGAUGUUUUCAUAUUCUUAAAAAGUAUGUAAGUACAUGCUAAUCAUAUCUAAUGUGAAAGGGUUUUGAAGAUUAAUAUAGAAAGCAGAAACUAGCAGGAUAUUCAAGUGAAAGUAAAAAAAAAUCUAAUUAAAAAAUACACUGCUAAGUGUUAAUCCUGCCAGAAAAAAACAUGCCUGAUGUAUUUGACCGUUUCUUUUCAGAGCAGUUGUCAUUAUUCAAAUAUAUAGAAAUAAACACAAUGCUAAUAGGCUUCAAAUACCCAUUAAAGGAACAUGGGAAUUAAUUUCUUUAUAGUUGUCAGAUCACUGACCAAGAAGGAAAAAAAGUCAGAAGUGAUUGAUUUCUUAAACCCAAGCUAACAGAUACUAUAAAAGCUGGAAAGGCGAGCUCUGAGACCUAGGGUCCUUCAUGUCACAUAUUUGCUGGAGGAGGGCCAGGGAAUUGAUAGCCACCUCAUCCCCAAGUCACAACACCCACAAGGUGAAUCCUGGUUUUUAAUAAUGGGCAGUCCUUUCCCCAAGGCGCAAGCAUUGCAGCGCCAUGUGUGUAGGUAGCCAGCUAUAUAGUUCCUCAGUUUGUUUUAUGAGCUGAAAGUAUAAAGGUCAGCAGCUGCACACAGGAGAGCAGGUGGGCACGUGUUGGCGUAGGUAGUCAUGACAGUGAGGGUGCUGUUCUGGUGGGUUCUUCUGCCAUUUAGAGGAGGUCAGUGCACUGUUGAUUUCUGCUUAGCCAGUGACCGUCUGGCAUCAAGAGCUGAAAUUAUGCUCAGAUGUCACUUUUAUAGCACUCUGUUUAAUUAAGCAAAGGUGAUAUGCCAAAUCACUACAUGUCAAAACAAAACAAGACAAAAAACAAAACGACCUUUCUGAUAAUACCUUAAGAUUUUCCAUUCAGAUAGAAAAUGGGAGUUAUCACUAUAGGAAGCUGUGAGGGCGCAUGCAGACUGUUGCUAUGUCACAUACAGCUAAUGAUAUGUGGUUUUCAUACUUUUUAUUUACUCCUUCCUUUCUCGGCAGUAUCUUGAGUUAUAGAAUCAAAUACUGCAGUCACAAAUGACAUUUUAACUUGUAAAAUUGUGUGAUACUUAUCAUUUGGAAAUAUAGGAGUAAGAAUCUGGCCCGUGUCACCAGACAUGAAUUUUGAGUGGUCGCUCUCUAAGAAUUGGUGUCAUGAUGUCUCUGAUCAGUCCCUCCUGUCAUUGCAUCACUGGUUGCCACUAGUGGGUGGCAAAAAAUGUCUUAUGUUGCUGUAUUAGGAUUUUUGCAGUUUACAUUUAAAAACUGGUUCGAUGUAUCACAACAGGUGACUGAUGGUGCAUACCUGUCUUUGUGUCCCCUUCAGUGAGCUAUACUCGUGGGUUUUGUGUGCUUUGUAGCCUGUUAACAUGGAAAGCAGCAGACAAUCGAAGAUUCAAGGAGUACUAACAGCUGCCAAGUCACAAAAGUGUAAUGUGGAAGCUUUCUUGAGGGUUUACUUUUUGUUCUACUUCUUUUCAUUAAGACUGGAAUCAAGCUUACAUGUAAACUAUUGGUAAUUUAAGUUUCCUUUUGUGUCAUUCAGUGUAAAACUGUCUAAUUUGGAAAAAAAUGUAGGUUAUGAAAAAUAAAGAUUUAGGCACUGUUCA